AUGAGUCAGCACAACAGUACCAACCACUACUGUGCACAUGCCUUCCCGUCCCGGAACAAUAAAAGUCCGGAGCAGAACAUGCAUGUCAAAGUGCCUGUUCUGAUAAUCAAUCGAGCACUUCACCAUCUAUUGUUGGUGGAGAGAGGCGAGAGGAGAGAGGCGAGAGGCGAGAGGAGAGAGGCGGGAGGAGAGAGGCGAGAGGAGAGAGGCGAGAGGAGAGAGGCGGGAGGAGAGAGGCGAGAGGAGAGAGGCGAGAGGCGAGAGGAGAGAGGCGGGAGGAGAGAGGCGAGAGGAGAGAGGCGAGAGGAGAGAGGAGAGAGACGAGAGGAGAGAGGAGAGAGGAGAGAGGAGAGAGACAAGAGGAGAGAGGAGAGAGGAGAGAGGAGAGAGGAGAGAGGCGAGAGGAGAGAGGCGGGAGGAGAGAGGCGAGAGAGAGAGAGGCGGGAGGAGAGAGGCGAGAGGAGAGAGGCGAGAGGAGAGAGGCGGGAGGAGAGAGGCGAGAGGAGAGAGGCGAGAGGAGAGAGGCGAGAGGCGAGAGGAGAGAGGCGGGAGGAGAGAGGCGAGCGGAGAGAGGAGAGAGGCGAGAGGAGAGAGGCGGGAGGAGAGAGGCGAGAGGAGAGAGGAGAGAGGCGAGAGGAGAGAGGAGAGAGGCGGGAGGAGAGAGGCGAGAGGAGAGAGGCGAGAGGAGAGAGGCGGGAGGAGAGAGGCGAGAGGAGAGAGGCGAGAGGAGAGAGGAGAGAGACGAGAGGAGAGAGGAGAGAGACGAGAGGAGAGAGGCGAGAGGAGAGAGGAGAGAGGCGAGAGGAGAGAGGCGGGAGGAGAGAGGCGAGAGGAGAGAGGCGGGAGGAGAGAGGCGAGAGGAGAGAGGCGAGAGGAGAGAGGCGGGAGGAGAGAGGCGAGAGGAGAGAGGCGAGAGGAGAGAGGCGAGAGGCGAGAGGAGAGAGGCGAGAGGAGAGAGGCGGGAGGAGAGAGGAGAGAGGCGGGAGGAGAGAGGCGGGAGGAGAGAGGAGAGAGGCGAGAGGAGAGAGGAGAGAGGAGAGAGGCGAGAGGAGAGAGGCGGGAGGAGAGAGGCGAGAGGAGAGAGGCGGGAGGAGAGAGGCGGGAGGAGAGAGGCGAGAGGAGAGAGGCGAGAGGAGAGAGGCGAGAGGCGAGAGGAGAGAGGCGAGAGGAGAGAGGCGAGAGGAGAGAGGAGAGAGGCGAGAGGAGAGAGGCGGGAGGAGAGAGGCGAGAGGAGAGAGGAGAGAGGCGAGAGGAGAGAGGAGAGAGGCGGGAGGAGAGAGGCGAGAGGAGAGAGGCGAGAGGAGAGAGGCGGGAGGAGAGAGGCGAGAGGAGAGAGGCGAGAGGAGAGAGGAGAGAGACGAGAGGAGAGAGGAGAGAGACGAGAGGAGAGAGGCGAGAGGAGAGAGGAGAGAGGAGAGAGGCGAGAGGAGAGAGGCGGGAGGAGAGAGGCGAGAGGAGAGAGGCGGGAGGAGAGAGGCGAGAGGAGAGAGGCGAGAGGAGAGAGGCGGGAGGAGAGAGGCGAGAGGAGAGAGGCGAGAGGAGAGAGGCGAGAGGCGAGAGGAGAGAGGCGAGAGGAGAGAGGCGAGAGGAGAGAGGCGGGAGGAGAGAGGAGAGAGGCGGGAGGAGAGAGGCGGGAGGAGAGAGGAGAGAGGCGAGAGGAGAGAGGAGAGAGGAGAGAGGCGAGAGGAGAGAGGCGGGAGGAGAGAGGCGAGAGGAGAGAGGCGGGAGGAGAGAGGCGGGAGGAGAGAGGCGAGAGGAGAGAGGCGAGAGGAGAGAGGCGAGAGGCGAGAGGAGAGAGGCGAGAGGAGAGAGGCGAGAGGAGAGAGGCGGGAGGAGAGAGGAGAGUGGCGGGAGGAGAGAGGCGGGAGGAGAGAGGAGAGAGGCGAGAGGAGAGAGGCGGGAGGAGAGAGGCGAGAGGAGAGAGGCGGGAGGAGAGAGGCGAGAGGAGAUAGGCGGGAGGAGAGAGGAGAGAGGAGAGAGGCGAGAGGAGAGAGGCGGGAGGAGAGAGGCGAGAGGAGAGAGGCGAGAGGAGAGAGGCGAGAGGAGAGAGGCGAGAGGCGAGAGGAGAGAGGCGAGAGGAGAGAGGAGAGAGGCGAGAGGAGAGAGGAGAGAGGAGAGAGGCGGGAGGAGAGAGGCGGGAGGAGAGAGGCGAGAGGAGAGAGGCGGGAGGAGAGAGGAGAGAGGCGAGAGGCGAGAGCGAGGAAAGAGGAGAGAGGGAGCAGGAGAGUCUCUCCCUGGACUCUCACUUCCAUCAACUUUUCUACUUCAACUGCGACUUCAGAGCAAAGACCAUUUUACAGAAUGCCUUUGGGAGGAGGUAAUAAAUGCGGCUGCUGCCAGAAGACGGUAUACUUUGCCGAGGAAGUGCAGUGCGAGGGGAAGAGCUGGCACAAAUCCUGCUUUCUGUGCAUGGUCUGUAAAAAGAACCUGGACAGCACCACUGUGGCGGUCCAUGUGGAUGAAAUCUUCUGCAAAUCCUGCUACGGGAAGAAAUAUGGACCAAAAGGUUAUGGUUUUGGGGGCGGAGCAGGAACCCUGAGUACGGACACCGGUGAAAGGCUGGGAAUCAAGCCUGAAGAACAAGCUCCUCAUCGCCCGACCAAUAAUCCUAACGCUUCCAAGUUUGCCCAGAAAUCCGGCGAGUCGGAUGUUUGUCCUCGUUGUGGGAAGACCGUGUAUGCCGCUGAGAAAGUCAUUGGGGGAGGCAAUUCCUGGCACAAGGCCUGCUUUCGCUGUGCUCAGUGCGGAAAAGGCCUGGAGUCCACAACCCUCGCAGACAGAGAUGGAGAGAUCUUUUGUAAAGGUUGUUACGCUAAGAGUUUUGGUCCGAAGGGCUUUGGUUUUGGUCAGGGGGCAGGCGCGCUUGCUCACUCUCACAUCCAAGCCAUUCGCUCUACGGAGACAGGAAUACCAAAGAUGCCUGAGAAAGCACCAGAGAAAUCAAAGAUUUCUGCAUCCCGCAAGCUCAUGCUGAAGAGCUUGAUGGUGGCAAAAGCCAAAGAGGAACUGGAGCAGGAGCUGUUGGAAAAAGAAGAAGUAAAGGCCAGAUACCUUGAUACAAAAGCUCCUCAGAUGCAAACUGACACACUGACCCUGGAGCAGCUCAAGACCCUGUGUGAAGAGCUCCACACCAAAAUUGACGUGGUGGAUGAGGAGCGGUAUGACAUUGAAGCCAAAGUUCUACACAACACCAGAGAGAUCAAAGACCUAAACAUCAAGGUUCUGGAUCUGAGAGGGAAGUUCAAGAGGCCGAGUCUGAGGAGAGUCAGGGUCUCAGCUGACGCCAUUCUGCGCUCGCUACUUGGCUCAAAACACAAAGUCUCACUGGAUCUACGAGCAAAUCUGAAAUCAGUAAAGAAAGAAGACACAGAGAAGGAGAAAAGUGUAGAAGUGAGCGACUGGAGGAAGAAUGUGGAGGCCAUGUCAGGGAUGGAGGGCCGCAAGAAGAUCUUAUGGCCAACAGAGAAGGACACAGCAUACAAUCCCACAUUGAAGCUCAUUUUAAACACACCGCUCUCUGUCUCAGACAGGAGCUGCAGCAUGUCAGACUCAGAAGAAGCUGCCAAUGAAGGGCAACCAGAUACAGCAGAAGACAAUGAAGAAGAUGGAAAACGCAAGUUAAAGCCUGGCUUUGUCCCUGGACUGGCACCACCAAAAAUCCCAGAGGGGGAAAAGGUGGACUUUGACGACAUUCACAGGAAGAGAAUGGACAAGGAUCUGACAGAGCUGCAGAGUCUGAUCGGAGCCCAUUUUGACAAAAGGAAGAAGGAGGAAGAAGAGCUCGUUAACCUCACUGACAGAAUUGACAAGCGCAGGUCAGAGAGAGCAGAGCAGCUGAAGAUCCGAGCAGAGAGAGAAAAGGAACGACAGAACAGAAUGAUGGAAGAAAAGACCAGAAAAGAAGAAGAAGAAGCAAAGAAAAAAUCUGAUGACGAUGCCAGAAAGAAGCUGAUUCUAAGCAACUUGAGUUUCUCUGGAUACAAGCAGCCUCAAAAUGGUACCAAACGACAAACCGAGAGGGAGAAGAAAAAGUCUAUUUUAAGUGACAGACGCAAAGAGCUGAACAUUGAUCACCUCAAAGAAGAUAAACUCCAAGACAAAGCAAAGGAGCUGUGGGAUCGCCUUCGCCAACUGGAGGCUGAGAAAUAUGAACUGCAGUACAAGCACACCAAGCAGAAAUAUGAGGUCAUAGUCCUGAGGAACCGUGUCAGUGACCACCAGAAAAUCACAAAAGGACAAAGCAAACGUGGACUCAGGAAGUAA